AUGCCAGGUACCGCCAAGCGGUCGCACGGCCGUCGGUGUGCGCUUGCUUCUCAUUCCGCCCGUCAACUCUCGGGCCUCGCGGCACUCGAGCCGCUGGAAGACCGGCUGCUGUUGACCGCCUACACCGAUUACGACGUGCAGCCGGGUGAGCAGUUCAGCCUGCCAAAUACGCCGGCGGUUGCGAAUCGCGGCCCCACGGUGUUCGACAACCUGAGCGACGGCCGCAUUGUGAUGGUGUCGACGUACCUGGCGAACCCCUUCGAUAGCUUUGGCACGCCGGAGGUCUACGUCGAAACGGCGGUCGGUUCUCGCACGUGGCAGUCGCUGGGAAACCUGUCGCUGGCUUCCGGUGGGCAGUGGUUCGCCUUCGGCGGGGCGUUCCUCGAUGUGUCGCCCGACGGGAGUAAGAUCGCCGUGGGCGACAACUCCUUCACCACGCAACACGUCGGGGUGUUUGAAACGGCCGACUUGCUGAGCCUGGGGGCCGGAUCGAUGCCGGUCGAUUGGUACACCGUGCCACAUUCUGAAGGUGAGUGGUACGACAAUCGUUACCUGGCCCUGAACGACGGCGACUUCAACACCAGCCAGGUGAGCCUGCUCGAUACGAACAGCUCGGUCGCAUCGCCGGUGAACCCCGACAUUAUUACGGGUGUGGGCGGGGCAUCGAGCGGGUUGGUGUUCGACGCCGAUGGGAAUCUUUACGUCGGGAACGGAUUCGACACGCAAAGCGGAGGCAGCAGUACUGGCGAUGUGAAACAGUUUUUGGCCGCCGACUGGCAGAACGCCUGGACGACCUCAACUCCGUUGAACUACGAAUCAUCCGGGUCGGUUUAUGCCUCGAUGUUGAGUGCCAGUGCCCUGGAAUUCGAUAACGAGGGCAACCUCUUCAUUGGCGGAAGCGACUACUUCGGCUCCGGCGACGCCGACUACCUGGGGCUAGUGCAAAACCCCGACGACGGAUCGGGCACAAGAACAUUCGACCCCGAUACGGCGGCUACCAGUUUUUAUGUGCUGGUUUACAACGAGGUAACCGGGGAGUUGUACGCCAACGAACCGUUCGCCCUGGUCGAGGCCAUCGACAAUACUGCUGUGUUUGUUAUCAGGCCCGUAGCGUCGGCCACGGCCGACAUUGGUGGUCCUUACUCGGGGAAUGAAGGGUCGCUCAUCGCUCUGAGUGGUGCCGGCAGCACGGGUGCCACGCUGUAUGAGUGGGACUUGGACAACGACGGUCAGUACGACGAUGCCACGGGGGUUAGCCCCAACUUCAACGCGGUAGACAAUGGUGUUUACACCAUCGGCCUGCGAGUGAACGGGCCUGGUGGUGCAACCGAUUCGACGACGGUCACGGUGAACAACGUGGCUCCCUCGGUGGCUAUCUCUGGCACCACGGCCAUCUACCGCGGUGAAGAGGUGACCUUCACGCUGACCGCCACCGAUGCUUCGCCCGUUGAUCAAGCUGGUUUGUUCACGUUUGAAAUCGACUGGGACGGCAACGGUUCGGUCGAUCAAACCCUGGUCGGGGUGCCAAGCGGGACGACCGUGCAGCACGCGUUCCCGAAUCUCACGCCUGGAACGAACAUUCAGGUGCGGGCGACCGACAAGGACGCUUCGACCGGCAGCUUCAGCCAGUUGCCCAUCACAGUUACACCGCACGUGUUGCGUGACGACGGGUUCGGCAACACCGACCUCAUCUGGGGUGGUACUCCGCUGUUCGAUGCGGUGUUCGUCCUGGGUCAGGCUCCUGGUAUGUCGAUCUACUUCCAGAUCGAAGGGCUUAUCCCGCAGAACCGCUUGGUGUUCCUCGGCUCUGCCGUCACGGGCCGUGUGAUUCUGCACGGUUAUGGGUUCACCGAUAUCCUGGCCGGCGAGUUGGGCCCGGGUAAUGUGAUGGAGAUUUACGGCGGCGAUGGCGACGAUAUCAUCGUCGGUGGUUCGCUGGGCGACUUCCUCUACGGCGGCAAUGGCAACGAUGUCAUUAUCGGCGGCACACGCGCCACCGAUGGUGGUGACUAUAUCUCCGGUGGCGAAGGUCGUGACUCGAUCUACGGCUACCUGGGUGCCGACACGCUCGAUGGUGGUGGCGGCGAAGACUUGAUCGUGAGCGAUCACUUCUUGUUCACCGACCAGCACUCCGCCAUUCAGUCGAUCCACGAAGAAUGGAAGUCGGCCCGACCGUAUUCCGAGCGGAUCACCAACAUCAUGGGCAUCACCUCGACCGGUGUGAACGGUCAAUGGAAGCUUCAGCCCGGCGUGACGAUUGUCGACGACGGUGCCGAAGAUACGCUGAUCGGCGGCCUAGGUGCCCUGGACUGGUUCUUCUACGACUUCGAUGAAGACCUGCUGGGCGACACGAUUGAAAUCGGCGAAGAGGACAUUUCGAAUCGACGGCGCGCUGCUGCGCAGGUGCGUUCGAGCUUUCCUCGUGGUGCCUUCACGCUGGUCGAGUUGUUGGUGGUGAUUGCCAUCAUUGGCAUUAUCACCGCGUUGUUGCUGCCCGCGGUGCAAAUGGCCCGCGAAGCCGCACGCCGCACCCAGUGUACGAAUAAUUUAAAGCAGAUCGGUCUGGCGGCCAUCAACUAUGAACAGCAGUUUCGCUAUUACCCUCCCGGUUGUACGGAAUGCGGUCUGCUUCCGUCUCCCAUUGAGAAACGAUUGGCGUGGUCAACGCUGCUGCUUCCUUUUCUCGAGCAAGAGCCGUUAUGGAAGCAAUACGACCGUUCGCUUCGCUUCGAUGCAGAGGAGAACCGGCCAGCUACGACCACCGUGCUGCCUGUGUUCCUUUGCCCGAGUACUGCCAACCUGAUGGACGAUCGGCGGGAUGAGUUCAUCGGUGACUACAACAAGAAUAACAAGAUUGAUAAAGGCGAAGGGCUGGCCUGCACCGACUAUGCGGGGAAUUUUGGUCUGCAGAAGUGGGGGCCCGACAACUACCCAGUGGGUGUGCUGAUCUUCAACCGCCCCAUUCGCGAGGCCGAAAUUCUAGACGGGCUUUCUUUCACCUGGAUGGUCGGCGAAUCGACCGGACGUGGCUAUCGGGGCGAUGCGGCCUGGGCCAACGGCCGGAAUCUCUUUGAUACGACGACCCACCCGAAUAACGAGGCGUUGCGCGGGUCGGACGAACUGUUCAGUGAUCAUCCCGGUGGGGUGAACGUCGUGAUGUGCGGCGGAUCGGUGAAGUUCAUUCAAGAGCAGAUCGACCUUGAUGUGCUGUUCGCCCUGUGCACCCGGGCCGGUCAAGAAGCGAUUAGCAGCAACGAUUACUGGCCGUAUUCCCCGGCAGCGGGCCAGCCGGGGUCUUCGGCGGUGAGCAACACCGAUACCAGCAUUCUGGGGUGGGCCACCGGGUUCGAGAAUUUGAUUCGUGGACCGUUGGAUAUCGCCAACCCCGGCGGGGGCGACGCUUCUUAUGGCACUGGGGCUGAAGCGGUUGGUCCUGCUUCGGGUGUGUCUGCCGAUGUGGUGAGCCUGGGCGAUGGUGGGCAGAUUACGCUGACCUUCGCCACGCCAAUCACCGAUCGCCCGGGAGCCGACUUUGCCGUGUUCGAGAAUGGUUUGCAGUUUGGUGCCGACUAUUUUCUUGAGCUUGGUUUUGUUGAGGUCAGCUCGGAUGGGACCAACUUCUUCCGCUUCGAUGCCGUGUCGUUGACGCAAACCGUCACGCAGGUUGGUGGUUUCGAUCCGUUGGACCCGACCGACUUGAAUAAUCUGGCUGGUAAGUAUGUGGCGGGGUACGGGACGCCGUUCGAUUUGAACGAACUCGCUGGGGUCUCGGGCCUGUUGGACAUUAGUAAUGUGACCCACGUUCGGGUGCUCGAUGCGGUGGGGUCGCUCGAUCCCGCGUAUCGCACGCUGGAUUCGCUGAACAACCCGGUGAAUGAGCCGUAUUCCACCGCGUUCGCCAGUGGUGGGUUCGAUCUCGAUGGCGUGGCCGUGCUGCACCAGGUGCCCGAGCCGGCCACUUGGGUGAUGUUGGUGACGGGGAUCGUCGGGCUGGGUGUGAUGAAACCGCUUCUUGGCAACCUUGGCCACGGGCAUCAGGGGACCAUGACGCAGUCGAAGCAUGUUCUGAAGCACAACGCGCGGGCCUGGGAUGCGCGGGCUCGCGGCGGUGAGCGGUUCACGCGGCCCGCCACCGAAGAGCAGUUCCGCAAUCCUUUGGCGGCGCUCGAUUCCAACGGCUGGCUCGGCGAGAACAUCCGCGACAAGCACAUGCUGUGCUUGGGUGCUGGCGGGGGAAAGGCCAGCGCAUUGUUCGCCACCGCGGGGGCUAUCGUGACGGUGGUCGAUAUCAGCCCCGAGAUGCUGGCCAUCGAUCGAAAAGUGGCCGCCGAGCGGGGCCUCGAAGUGACCACGGUUGAAGCUUCAAUCGAUGAUCUUUCGGCCUUGCCCGAGGCUCGCUUCGAAAUUGUUUCGCAGCCGGUCAGCAGUUGUUAUGUGCCCGAUGUGAAGGCGGUGUAUCGCGAAGUGGCCCGGGUGAUCGUCGAUGGCGGUCUGUAUGUGAGCCAGCACAAACAGCCGGUAAGUAUGCAGGCGGUGCCGCGUCCCGGUGCGAACGGUUUUGAAGUGAGCGAGCCGUAUUAUCGCGAGGGACCAUUGCCUGAGGUGAAGGGGAGCUUGCAUCGCGAGUCGGGCAUGUUGGAGUUCCUCCAUCGCUGGGAAGACUUGCUCGGUGGUUUGUGUCGGGAGGGGUUUGUUAUUGAAGACCUGGUCGAACCGGUGCAUGCCGACCCGCUGGCUGAGAAAGAUAGCUUCGCCUACCGCAGUUGUUUCAUUCCGCCGUACGUGCGGAUCAAAGAGGACCGGGCCAGCAUGAAGCUCGUCGCGAUUGAAAGCUAUCCGGUGCGAAUUCCUUUGAAGCCCGAGCGGCGGAUGUCUUCGUCAUUGGGGCAGCACACGGUGUCGGAGUAUCUCCUGGUGCGGGUGCUGACCGAUGCGGGGAUUGAAGGGGCCGGCGAAGCGACGGUGAUGCCACGGUGGAGUGGGGAAACGGUUCACAGUGCGCAAGCUUUGGUCGAUCACUUGCUCGCCCCCGCGCUUGUCGGUUGCGAUCCGCACGAUGUGGCGGAGAUCGAUCGCCGCAUGGAUCAGCUUUGCAAACACAAUUGGUUUGCCAAGAGCGCCCUCGAGAUGGCCUGUUGGGAUAUCCAGGGCAAGGCGGCCGGGGUGCCGGUGUAUGAACUGCUGGGGGGUGCCAAGCGGUCGCGAGAUAUUCGGUGCCGGUUCUCGGUGGGGGCGUACGACGAACCACGUCUGCGUCGGGUGGUGGCCGAACGGGUGGAGGCGGGGUUCACCACCAUUAAGGUGAAGGUGGGAGGAACGGCCGACGACGACUUGCAUCGAGUGAGGGCUGCCCGCGAUGUGAUGGGGCCGGAGUUGGAGUUGGUGAUCGAUGCCAACUGCGGAUGGGAAGUCGAUACGGCCAUCGCCAAGAUUAACGCCCUGGAAGAAUGCCGCAUCGGGCUGGUCGAGCAGCCUACGCCCGAUGGGGACUAUGCGGCCUUGGCCCGAGUGCGACGUGAGACGGGGUUGCCCGUGAUGGCGGACGAUAUCUGCUUCGACCUGGUGCAUGCCGCGGAGUUGAUUCGCAAUGAGUGCUGCGACGUGAUCAGUGUCUAUCCCGGCAAGAAUGGUGGUCUGCGGAAGUCGAUGCAGAUUGUCGAGUUGGCCGCUGGGGCCGGAGUGCCGUGCUCGAUCGGCUCGAAUCUCGAGCUCGAUAUUGCCACCGCCGCGAUGGGGCACCUGGUGCUGGCCUGCGAAAAUAUGCAGAUCGAGAGGUUUCCCGGCGACAUGCUGGGGCCUGUCUAUCACGAGUUCGCGGUGGUGAAAGAUCCGCUGCGCAUAGAAGGCCCCAUCGUUCACAUGUCCGACAAGCCUGGGCUGGGAGUUGAGGUGGACUGGGAUGUGGUGAGGCGGAGCUGGGAUUGA